UUAGUUGAGUCACGGCUGCCUUUCCUUGUUCUCAGUCCGGUGUAUGCAUACCCGUUGCCUCCUGCUGUUGUUCAAGGUCGCUGAAUUGCUGAUAUGCCCGUAACUCGCUCAGGAAGGGUGAAGAUGGUUUCCGCGAGCUUCCCAAUGGCUUUGUUAGUUCUCCUCGGCGUCUCAGCGGUGUUGCUGGCACCCCGGGUGGCAUCCAGCGCCCACGAUCACCAAGGUACAACUGCAGCCGGCUCACCAUGCACAUUGGAUCCCACGUGGCAUCAGAACUCACACCCACUCAACAGGAGACUGAUGGCCGCUAUCAACAUCACCGGACAUGUGUCGUUCGACAACUCCUCGCUGGUGCUGAGCUUCACGAUCGCGCCGCGCGACUUCAUCGUGUACCAGAUCCAAGAGGAAGAACUGACAAAGCUGAGAGUUAUGGCCGUCGUGACUGCCCAGCCACCGGGCCAUGGGCAGUUCACCGAGUGCCACGCCCUAGGCGUGGUGUACACACGCAGUGUCCUUGCACAGCUGCAGAAACACAAGACGUACGCUCCAGCCGGACGCCGCGUGGACUUUGGCACGCAGAUGAAGGUGGCCAAGAUGAGCGUGAAGUUCUUUGCCGGUCAUAUGUUGCAGUGCCAGUAUGCAUUGGGAAGAACGCAGGUGGAGAAGUGUGCCAGCCCCACCAGCAGUAGCAGCGAGACCCGGACUGCCGAGACUGGUCACAUCGACGACCCGGUCCACAAGUAUGCGUGCAAGAUUGGAUGCGCAGCCCAACGUCUCUCCUUUGCCUGGCUGGGUCGUCCACAAAUUACGAGGACAGACAAAACAGUCGAAGGCACCCAGCAGUACAUCACCUUCAAGAUAAAGGGUCUCACGGGCCAGCACGUCACUACCGGGGAAGGUAGGAAUCGGAUCUCGAUUGGAUUCCAGAAGAACCCGGUAGCCGGUAAAUUUAAUGUGGCCUUAAAUGCUAGCAGUUGCCAUGCCUACCAGGUGGCUGGUCCAGACAGCACGGGUGUCUACUGCAGGGUGAGCUGCACCAUGAGCGGGCAGAGGUACACAGUGCGUACCGUGGCUGCCAACAUGUACGGAGAAGCUGACCGGUGGGAGAGCGUGAACAGAAAACGCUGACGCCUGCCAAACCGCUCACUGGUAUAUUGUACUGCAUGCCCGAGCGUCCUGCCCGAGCGUCCUGCCCGAGCGUCCUGCCUGAGCGUCCUGCCCGAGUGUCCUGCCUGAGCGUCUUGCCCGGGCGUCCUGCCCGAGCGCGUGUUGUAGCAGUCUUGCAUCGGACCAAGAAGACAUUGUGUAUGCAUUCGAUGUGCAAGACAGUCGCCUCAGUGCCCUGUUACUCGUGCACAGUGUGCGCAGAGGCAGUUAUCCCCCGGCGGCCGCCGAUCCAGGCACCUCGCGCCUGUACAUGGCGCGAGCAUUCCUUUCAUUGCACGCGUGCUUCUGGUGUGGUGAUGCGGUUGAAAAGCCUGCAUUCCUUCGCACACCCACAUCUAGAAGCAGGCUUGAAAACCUAGCGAGUAGUUCAAGUAGACAGUAGGAGUAAAAGCAAACUAGACGCACGACAUCUCCCCGCUGGCACAGCAUGCCCACUAGCCCGUGAGACCGGAAUUAGCUAAGUGCACUAGCCAACGCACAGUGUUCUCGCACCAAGCAACCACUUGCAUGUAACAUGAGCAGUAGUUUGUGUUCACUAGUCGAGGGAUUGGAAUAAUACCAAGUAGUACAUGUAGUAGUCGUUAGUGGGCUCGAAUGGAGAGCCAAGGAUAAAUGUAUCAUCUGAGAACAGAAGGACCAAGGAACUACAAGUUACGCUAUAGUUUGAGUAACUGGUGGUGUUAGUGGACAUUACAGCAUAACUUGUAGUUUCUUGGUCCUUUUUCCUUUCUAUAAGUAAUCCCUAGUAGUGGUAGUAUUAUAAUUUUUACUUGGGUAUGCCUAACAUGCUAUCAGUCUUGAGAAGUUUCCCGCUCGGCUAAAUUUUAAUGUUACGGUAGUAACUUUUAUAGUCGUGUGCUGCGGUGGUCCAGAUCCGUAGCCUGCAUUGUAGGAUGUUUCUUGUGUUAAUGUAUUGAUUCCGGUGUACUAGUACUGAAGUAGUUGAGUCGGUGUACGUCUCGUAUACUGGCGCUCUGGCCAUCACGGCCAUUGAGCACUCUAUAUGAUCUAGCAGGUUAAGCCUCUGUAGUCGAGUCAUUGUGCACAUCCCAGUCAACUGUACUUGAUGAUGCCUUUUUCUGCCUUCGUGCCAAUUCUGAGGCACGUAGCCGCACCUGCACAAGGUCUCAAGUCUCGCUUGGACUUGUACUGUCACGAGCCUCCUCUCGAUUUGGUUAUUCCUCUCUUUCUUAUUUAGCCGCUGACCGCUGGAAUUCAGUUCCGGCAUCGGUCCGCCUUGCUGCUUCACCAAGUCAAUUUCGUAUCGCAAUCCUAGAUUGGCUAGGGUACCCCGUAAGGAGACCAUAGGUCUGUGGGGACUGCCCUAGAGAAAUAUGAAUAAAUACUAUACUAUACUAUGUCUUAGCCAGCUCGGUUUAAAAAACAUUAUGUGAUUUCUUCUAUUUUUUAAAUUUAUAUUUACUGGCUCAAUAUCUCGGAGUUUUUGUGCAUCAUUCUUCACUGCUCAACAGCACUGCAUCAGGAGCCUUGCAUAUUAUGCAUAGUAGAUGAUGUGAAACUGUAGACCAGCGUAGAAUACGAUAUUAAUGUACGUGUACGCUCUUCUUUUCCCUGCUAGACAGCUACCUGCUACAUUCCACACAUCUCUUAUCUCUUGCCACUAAACUGCAUUUCGUUUAGAGCGGCCGCUGAAGUAUUUCCAGGCUCAACAACCUUGCCCAUCGAUACUAAUACUAUGGGCGUGCAAUUAGCAAUUAUUCGCACAAUA